AAUAAAAGUAAUUAUCAGAUGCCUAUACGUAGAGUCGACUUCGACGAUAUAAUAUUAUUUAGUUGCGUGAAAGCCGCGACGUCGUCGUCGUGAAAUCGCGUCGUGCAGGACGGACUCUUGUUAUUGUUAGUUGUUUUUUUUUGUGCGCAGUUCAUUCGCUUCUAGGACAAACUUGCUAAUUGUUUAUGUUUAUAAUGAUAUCUUCUUCUGAUCUUGUGAAGGCGGUGGGGCGCAGCGGGAGACUGGUGCCGUUCUUCAAGGCGGUGUGCGUGUACUUCGUGGUGGGCGGAGGCGCGCCCUCGUUGUCGGCGGCGGCGCUCAAGUGCGCUCCCGUGCUGUGCCUGCUGCUCUGCGUGCUUGUGCGAGCGCACGCCGCGUCGCAACCACAGCGGCGGUACGCGCACUUGGUGGCGACGGGCCUGGCGCUGUCGGCGGCGGGCGACGCGCUGCUCGUGUGGCCGCAGCACUUCGUGGCGGGCAUGGCGGCCUUCGCGGGCGCGCACGUGGCGUACAUCCUCGCCUUCGGGCUGCAGCCGCGCGCGUACGGCGCCGCGCUGGCGCUGCUGGCGGGCGCGCUGGCCUACGUGCGCGCCGUGCCCGCGCCCGCCCCGCUGCGCGCGCUCGUGCCCGCCUACGCGCUGCUGCUCGCCGCCAUGGCGUGGCGCGGCUGUGCGCGCGCGGGCUCGCAGCGCCCGGGCGCCCUGCUCUUUCUGCUGUCGGACGCCAUCCUGGGCUACGGCCUCUUCGCGGAACCCCUGCCUUACAAUCGGGCGCUGGUGAUGUCAACGUACUACGCGGGCCAGCUUGGCAUCGCGCUGAGCGCACUCGAGCAGCCGCCCGCGGUGGGCGCGUCACAGUAGCGGCGGGUUCCGAGUUGACUCUCGCCGGCGUAGACGUAGCGCGAUGCCUUUAGCUGGGGUUGGAGUUUUAGUCGAUCUUCCGUAACGAUGUGGCUUCUGAAUUCUGACGAGUUUAAAUGAUAUACAUUUAAAGCUCCUUUUGUAUAGUAUUUAUAUUAAAUGAGCACAGAUCACGAUCGUGGUGAAUGCGUCUGUGAUAUGUUCUUUAAGUGAAGUAUCCACCUCGGACUCGGUCGACCCUCGAUCGUUGAAGAGGUCCCAAACGCGCAGUGCCAAAUGAUCAAUCCUACUCGGUGUGACCGAUCGAUCCCACCACUAGUGUUUCCUGGCUCGGCACUCGUUAUCACUACACACAGCCCCGCGUGCGCUCCCUUCGAGCGGUGCCCUACUCCCUAAUCCCGGACCGACGUCCACUUCUCUUACAUAUCCAGUUCCGCACUCAAGUCUUCCCGUACCGCUCCACGCGCGGGGCGACGCCGCCGCGUGUCCCGCAACAUCAGGUGCACAUGCAACGUGCGAGUGCGACCCAAGUGUUCGCUGGCGACUGGCGUUAGUAAUAAGACUGAAGCCCUUAUAUUUUUGUAUAGUCUCUCUUUACUCCUGGACGAGUGAAUCGUGUCGCGAACACUCGGUCUGUUCGGACGACUCGUGUCCGCUUUGUGUGGCAGUGGGUAGUAAUGUUUCUCUACCUAAAUAAAUAUUCAUAAUAUGCAGGGCCGGAUUGGAUUAUCCAUUAGACGGUGUAGGUAGGCUAGGCAGGCCAAAACUUUGGAAUUAAGGUUUUAAAAUUCAUUGUUAACCUUUUAACCGCCCGACUGCACAUCAGUUGUCGUGCCUCCAGCGCGCGGCGCAGUGAAUCGAAAAAUCAAUACCUACAACGAAGAGGAAUGUGCGAUACUUAACUUUUUCGAGGUCGAUAUUUUGUUUAUUUGUAUUUGCUUUGAUUUAACUAACUAGUAAUUAGCUACCUACUUAAAUACUACUUAUGUUACCCUACGAAAUUACCUGGCAUUUUUGGUAAGCCAGUAAACCGCUAAAUAAGUUGGUUAAUAUACUUUACUUUACUUUGUACUUUAUUAGUCAGGUUUUGAUUUAUGUUUAUUGUUGUAUCGGUAAAUCUUGGUAUCUUGGUAUACCUAUGCAGGUAUGUGCCGCUCCCAUCAUACAAUUUUCUGAAAACAAUAUUAGUAAUUCAUCUAAAUUCGAUCAUUAUUUUUAGUUCUUCUAAUUAAGAGACUAAAGUGUACAAAAUCGUAAAUGAUUGCUUAAUAAACUGUUUAUCUAGUGUCAUCUUUAUGAUAGAAUACAGCGUAAUUAAAUAAGAAAAACAAAAUUAACGAGCUGUGGUAUUUGGUCGUAAAUAAACGUUCCUGGCGAAAUGGAAUCGAAAAUAUUUGUCGGAUUAAUCCGAUGUGAGCGGUUAAGAGAUUAACGAAAUUGUAUAAGGCAAAUAUUUCUAUAUGAGGCCCUGACAGGGUUACCCCGGCUCUGAUAAUAUAUAAAUCAGAGUUAUAUAGUUAUAUAUAUAUAUAUAAUGCAACGUACAUGGCAUAAAGCAUUUAUACCUACAUAUAUUAUAUUUCUAUUGAACUCGUGUAGUUAGGCCCGAGCCUGGAGUCGCAACAUUUCGAUGGUAACAUUUUAAAUCUUUGGGUUUGUUACCACUGAUAUAAUACAGUACUGUUACUUUUUAUAUUUGUUACACUAAAAUAACAAUACUAAAAUAUGUAAUUUUGACACUUGACUACUUACUUUUACGCAAAGCACAAACAUUAUUAUGCAGUCGGUACUCAUAUGAAUGUACACCACUAGAAUCAGACAGACACACAAUUUUUAUGCAGGUCUGUACUAAAGAUUGCGCUCUUCAGGUUAAAUCUCAAAGUUCCUCAGUUGUUUUUAUAUAUGAACUGAUCUACACAGUUCGGUUCGAUUGAAUCUGCAACUUCAGACAUAUCUAGAUAUGUAGACAAGUGAAAGAUUUUAUGUACCUAUACAUAAUAUAUAAUAUUUUGUAUCAAUAUUGUAAUCGACGGCAAGCGGUCAUUGACAUCCCUCAUUGGCUACACAGUCUCCUCUAGUGGUCAAAACAAUUAAAUACAUCAUUAAUUAAUGUAUAUUUGCUUAGUUUACAUUUUAACAAUGAACAGUAAAUCAAAUGAUGACUGAGACAGUUCGUAACGUGCCCGGAGCCGGCCGGUCGCCGGUCGCCGGUCGCGGUGUCAGCGACCGCCCGCGACUGCUUGUUUCGUAAAUCGUUUCGUCGACACUCGACGUAUAUGUAAGUUACUGCUAGAAGCACUGGUAUUGUUUAAGGUAGAAUUCGAGUUUUUAAAUAAAUGUGUAAUUUUAGAUGUCAUUAUUGAAGGUUACUUUAUGUAAUAUUUUACUAAACGUUUUAACAAACAUACUAUGUAGUGUCCUCGCUCACGAUCAAAUAAAUUGUUAUUAUUAGACAUGAA